UUAAAUCACGUUAAUACACAACAGCAAUUGUUUAUGUAAUAUUAUGUAAACAUAGUAAAUACAAUAUUUAAAUUUGCAUUAGUUAACCGCCACAUUAUGUUUUUCAACUUAGUCAACUUUCAAAAAAGAAUAAAUUAUAUACGUAAGUACUAAGUAGAUUCAUCACUUGAAUUUUAUUAAUACUGUUAAAACGACCAUAAUGGAUGACUUCAUCAGACAAACAUUAACAAUUUCUGUUGCCCAAAUAUGUAAUAACAUUGGGUGGCAUUCAAUAACCGACUCUUCGAUGAAAAUUAUGACUGACAUUCUUCACCACUAUAUUAGUGAUUUGUCCAAAACGUCAAAAAAAUACGCGGAACAUGCAUAUACUGAUGUACCCGAUAUUGAAGACGUAGAAAAGGCCUUUCGUCAGAAAUCUAUAUCAUUGACUGAAUUACGUAGAUAUGUUAGAAGUACUGGCCCGGUUAAAUUUCCUCAUAAUUUACCUUUAUUAAAUAAAUCAGGAAUAAAUGCAUUAAAUACACUGAAGCCAGGAAGUAGAGAAACAGUAACUAGACCUGUUCAUAUUCAUGAACAUCUUCCAACAAUUUAUACAGAACAAAUUGAAGAAGAGCAGACUACGGAUACAGAACAAAUUCAAGAUGAAAUUGAAAAUGUAAGACAAGAACCAGAAGAAGUGAUUUUACACAAACGAUUAAGAGAGAUUUCAAGUGUAGUUAUGACGUCUGGUGGGUUUUUAUCACCAUCUAGAGAAGGCAGAUUGGCAGAUUCUAAAUUAUUACCAUUUCCAGAAAUCAAAAUCGAAAAACCUCGUGAAACAUCUAAACUAUCUAUAAUUUUACCUAAUUCAAAAAAAGAAUCAUCAAAAAAGACUUUAACAAACAAAAAAAAAUCUAAAUCAGGAUCAAAGAAAAAAUCUAAAAGUUCUAAAACACAAAAUGAUUUACAAUCAAAAAAACAAAAAUUAGAAGUAUUGAAAAAGAAAAAGAAAGCAAAGGAAGAAAGAAUUCUUGUACAAGAAUCACCACCUCCUAUUCCAGAACCUGUUAUAGAUGAAAUAAUUGAUAUUGUAAGUGUUACUGAAAACGUACAGGUUCCAAAAAAAGUUAUUCUUACACCUCAUACUAAUAAAGUAAAAAUGGAAGAAGUUUUACCCAAAUUUUCGUUUUUUGGUCCUUUACCUCCUGGGCCUGGAUUAAUACCAACCACAUUUCCUCAAAUAAUUAAUCCUGUAAUUAAUGUACCUGAUAUACUAGAAAAACCAGCUAGCCCAGUAUUAAAAGUUGAUAAUGAAGAUCUUAAUCGCAAAGAACAGAAGAAAAAGAAAAAAGAAAAAAAGAAAGAGAAAAAAGAAAAAAAAAAGCAAAAAGAUAAAGUAAAAGAAAAAGAGAAAGAAAAAGAAAAAGAAAAGAAGAAAGAAAAAUCAAAAUCCAGCAAUAAAGUGCCAAAAAUAAAAUUUAGAUUUGGCUCUCGAUCAGAAAAUAUAACAAAAGUUUUGCCUGUUGAGAAACCGACUGAAACAAAUAUAGUUAAAGUCUCUGAAUCCGAACCAAUGGAAGUUGAAGUGGACGUUGAAUCAAAAUCAGACAUUUCUAUAGAUAUAUUACAUGAAAUCGAUUCUCCUCCUAAAGUUCCUAUUCAAAAAAUUAAAACUAAAAUUGUUGCAAAACCUAAAAUUGAAUUACCAGCAAUUAUACCUCCUGAGAAUGAAACUCCUCCUCCAGCAUUCUAUUUUGAUGAAACUGGUAAUCAAGUAUGGAUAUGUCCUAUGUGCACUAAACCCGAUGAUGGAAGCCCAAUGAUUGGUUGUGAUGGAUGUGAUGUAUGGUAUCAUUGGGUAUGUGUCGGAAUCCAGUGUCCUCCAGACUGUGCUGUUUGGUAUUGUCCAAGAUGCUUGGCUAAACGAGCACAAACACCAAAAGGUAAAAGAGGCAGACCACGUAAAAACAAAUAGUAUUUUAUAACUAUAUUGAAUACUCUAACUUUACUUUUUUGUAUUAACUUUAAGUUUCAUUUGUAUUUAAAAAUCAGUUUUAUAGAAUAUUUAUUUAAAUGAUUAUUAAUUUUUAUAUUAUAUUUAAUUUAAAUUAAAUAUUAAGUUAUUCAAGUAAAAACUAAAAGCUAAUUUCAUUACUUUACAUAUGAUAUUAUGAACUAUAAUUUGACAUUUAUUUUUAUUUAUAAAUUGAUCUCAAGUAUAAUAAUAGAACAAAACAUUAACUAGGUAUUUUAUCAUAUAUUAUAACUAUUUUCCAAAUAUUACUGAAUAAUUAAAAAAAAACAUGUUCAUUUAAAUUGUUCUGUUUAUUUUAAUAAAACCAAAUUAAAUAUUAUAUUAUAAUAAAUUUAAGCAAAAUCUCAGAUACACAA